AUGGAGUUUGUUGUAGAUACGGGAUAUGAUGAGAGGACGAAGAUCGUGGAAGUGAUUGGUCCCAACGGGGCGGAUGUUCAAGAAAGCAAUAGGUCUGAUGGUUUCAAUGGCAAUGGGGGAAGGGGCAGCCGUGGUGGGGGUUACAGUGGUGGAGGUGGUGGAUACGGUGGGUAUAACAGUGGGAGUAGACGUGGUGGUGGUGGUCAAAUGAGAGGGGGUGGUUAUAGUGGUGGAGGUUACGACGAUGGUGGUGGAUGUUACAAUUGCAGUGAGACGAGGAACUUGGCCAGGGACUAUCAAUAG